AUGUAUUCCAAAGCCACUCUCACUCUUCUUUUUGCGGCCCUCGCAGCUGCCGGCCCCAUCAGCCGCCGAGAGGUUGCGUCCCUGGACCCGGCCGCCACCGCCGAGGCCCAUCAGCGAGAUGCCACGGCCACCCGUGCCUUUUCCAACGUCCAGAUCAAGACCUCGGACGGCAAAUGCCUGAGCGUCGACCCCCUCUCCGGCGACUUCCGGGCCAACCUGACGCCCAUCCAGAUCACCGACUGCGGCAGCGCUCAGGGCCAGGGCUGGGACGUCAUCACCUCGGGCGUCCACAACGACCAAAAGGGCCAGGCUCUGAUUGUGAGCACGCUUACACAGGCCUGCUUCAACUUUGACCCGCGACGGGCGGCCGGAAACCAGGUCCUGCUCUUCUCGUGCGGUGGACGGGCUGAUGGCGGCGGAUCCGUCACCAACUCGCAGCUGUUUGCCUUUACUGGCGGCAAUGGCCCGCUGAGCCUGACGCCUGAGAACGACGCCACCAAGUGCCUUGUCCCCAAGGGCAACUUGGUUGACAUUGCCGACUGCAGUGCCGGCGAUGCUACGCAAAAGUUCACCAUUGGUGGCUCUGCCGGAGGUUCUGAUAGCAGCAGCAGCAACAACACCAGCUCUGCCGUUGCCAGCUCUGCUGCUGCUGCUGCCACCUCUGCCGCUGCCAGCUCAGCUGCGGCCGGCUCCACGGCUGUUGAGACUCAAGCUUCUGCCACUUCAGCAGCCGUGACGAGCGUCGCUGCUGUGACCGAUGCUGCUGAUGCCGCCGCUGCCACGACGCUGACCGUCCUCGCGACCUCGGUCCACACCGUCAUCAGCUGUGCUCCCACCGUGACCAACUGCCCGGCUCGCUCCAACCAGACGGCCAUCGCCAGCCUGCCCGAGUCGGCCAAGACCACCGUCGUUGUCACCGACACCGUCGUCCUGGCCACCACCGUCUGCCCCAUCGAGCAGGCCUCCAGCAUCUCCUCGUCCCUCCAGGCUGCCCACUCCUCCGGCCUCAUCACCGGAUCGACCAUUACCGCCACCACCCCGGCCCAGGCUGCUGCCACCGCCACUGCUGCUGCCACAACCACCGCCGCUUCUAGUGCUGCUACCGGCGCUGCUCCCGGAGGUGACGAGAAUGCUCAGUGCUCGGCCCCCAAGAUCGUCACCGUCUCUGAGGUUGUUACUGUUACCGCAGGCCAGGAGGCAGCCUCUGUCUCCGCUGCGGCUGUUACCAGUGCUGCCGUUGCCAACAACGCUGGUACAGGCAGCUCUCAGACGACUGCUGCCGCCGUCUCUCAGCCCGCCAUCACCGGAAACCCUACGACUCCCGUGCCUGUCUCUGGCGCUGGAGGCACUCUGAACCCCACGGCCGCCGCCGAGGCCAACCCCUUUGACGCGACUGCUGUGCGACCCGUCCAGAGCGUCAACGUCCGAGCCGCUGAUGGCCGAUGCCUGUCUGUCAACCCCACGGCCGGUGACUUCCGCGAGAACCUCAUCCCUAUCCAGAUGGUCGCCUGCAACCAGGAGGACCAGAGUCAGAAGUUCGACAUUGUCACCAAGGGUGCUCACAACGACGGCACUGCUGGCGAGGCGCUGCUUGUCAGCGUCUUGACCAACGGCUGCGUCAACUUUGAUGGUCGCCGAGCGGCAAACGACCAGGUGAUUAUGUUUUCUUGCGGCGGACGCGCUGACGGAAGCGGCAAGACUACAACCUCGCAGCUGUUCCCCUUCAAGAACGGCGACACCAACAUCAUUCUCACUCCUGCCUCCGCCACCAACCAGACCUGCCUCAUCGCUGGUGCUGACAGAGUGGAGGCCGCAAACUGCGACAACCAAAAGGACCAAGUCUUCCAACUGGCGGAGAUUGUCUAA